AAUGGAUACGAUUACGAGGACGAUGCCAACCCAAUGGACUUUAUGGAUGAACCUAUGGAUGAUGUGAAUGGAAUCCCUGAGGAUGGGCCCGAACAAGACACGAUCAUGAUUCUCGAGGAGACUAUCGCUGGUCAGGGCGAGACUCCCAGAGAUGCUGUCGAGAAUAAGGACAAGCAUACCACUCCUUAUAUGACAAAGUACGAAAGAGCAAGAAUUCUUGGUACUCGCGCACUUCAGAUCAGUUUGAAUGCUCCUGUCAUGGUUGAAUUGGAUGGUGAGUCCGAUCCUUUGGUUAUUGCUAUGAAGGAACUCAGAGAAAAGAAGAUUCCUUUGAUUGUCCGGCGGUUUAUGCCCGACGGUACCUAUGAAGAUUGGAACGUCAAGGAUUUGAUUGUCGAAUAAAU